CAUCCCCGCCGGAGUCGACUGGGAAGCAUGUCGGAUCUCGGCUCGGAAGAGCUCGAAGAGGAGGCAGAGAAUGAUUUGGGGGAAUAUGAAGGGGAACGCAAUGAAGCUGGUGAACGACAUGGACAUGGGAAGGCCAGAUUGCCCAAUGGUGAUACCUAUGAAGGACAAUAUGCAAAUGGUAAAAGAAAUGGACAGGGGCAAUAUAGAUUAAAAAAUGGUGCACGCUACAUUGGGGAAUACUAUGACAAUAAAAAACAUGGAAAAGGCACCUUUAUUUAUCCUGAUGGAUCCAAAUAUGAAGGAGAAUGGGUGGAGGACCAGAGGCAUGGCAAUGGCGUUUACUAUUAUGUAAAUGGAGAUACCUACACUGGAGAGUGGUUUAAUCAUAGCAGGCACGGACAAGGUACAUAUGUCUUUGCAUUAACUGGUUCCAAAUAUGUUGGCACCUGGGUAAAUGGUCAACAGGAGGGAGCUGCUGAACUUAUUCAUCUAAACCAUAGAUAUCAGGGGAAGUUUGUGAAUAAAAAUCCAGUGGGUCCUGGAAAGUACGUAUUUGAUAUUGGAUGUGAACAGCAUGGUGAAUAUGUUCAUGCUGACAAAGGAGAGGAAGAGGAGGAGGAAGAGGUUUUGAUACCAACGGUUCCAAAGUGGAAAGCAACAAAAAUUACUGCCUUAACCCUUUGGGCACCUGAAGAGCCUCCUCCUGCUGCAGAAUCGGCCAUUGUAGCAACAGGAGAAAUUCCUCUACCUGAGGAGCUGGAGUCUUCAGUUGGUGAGGCUAUUUUGGAAACUCCUGCUGAUGCUGCUGAUGCACCUACAGAUGCAGCUGAGCCCAGUGAAAUUACACCACCACCUAAAGAGCUUGAGGAGGAGGAAGACCAAGGAGAUCAGGCUGCUGCUGGUGCAGAAGAAGAAAAGGAAGAGGAAGCAAAGGAAGCUGAGCCUCCACAGUAA